AUGGGUCGCUGUCCAGUCCGUAGCCCAUGUGGGGUUGUGGGGCCCAAUGGCGUAGGAUUGGGGGGCGACUUGGAUCGCCAGAAUCAACGGGUCGACAGGAAAUUGGGCCCACCUCGGAAAUCGAUGGCUCAGAUUGGUCUCUGUGGAGUCACAGGCUACCGUGGUACUUUGACUACUCUACUAUGGAGUGUGGCUGGCCGUUGGCUGAGGGUUGGGACUUUGGGGUAG